UUUUCAUUGCUGCGACGAAAAGCUUUCUCAACAACGUCAUGCUCUAUUCGUCGUCAACAACUUCAACACUGGCAAGAGCUCGAAAGAAACAACGCGAGGAUGCUUCGCGUGGUUGAACGUCGCAUGGUCGAACGGUCUCAAGUCCAGUCUCAACUCUCGGAAGAUCUCUCCUCACCGGACGAUAUACCGCGUCUUCGCCAGCUCAAAGAUACAGAGAUACUUAAAUCUGCUUGGGAAGAAUGGAAUGCGAAUAAAAAGGUCUUCAACUUUAACUACGUACGAGGAAGUCUCAUUUUUCCACAUCUCAUUUCAGUAGCUUGUGGAGGAACUCACUCCGUUUCUGCAAGAUCCCGACGAGACCAUGCGCAAACUCGCAGAGGAGGAUAACAUUCGUAUAUCUGAAUCACUCGCUCGCAUUCUCUCUGAAACUUUCCCGUCUCUUCUUGUCCCGCGUUCUUCCGCUGCAGACCUCCCAGGGGCACUGCUUGAGCUAAAAUCCGGAGUGGGUGGAAUAGAAAGCUCAUUAUUUCUCGCAACUCUUCUGAGGAUGUACGAGAGAUUUGCGUCGUUGAACAAAUGGAAAGUUAAUUCUCUGUCUCACAAUACCAAUGACGGAGGAGGAAUCAAGGACGUAAUACUCGAGGUUAAAGGUGAAGGUGCCUAUGAUACAUUGAGAUGGGAGAGUGGUGUCCAUCGAGUACAACGAGUUCCUGUAACUGAAUCGGGUGGAAGAGUUCACACAAGUACGGUUUCUGCCAUUGUCCUCCCACUUUUGGACGAGGGAGACGUUCGAAAAGAGCAACUAUAUUCUAUGGACGAGGUCAAGUUGGAAGUCAUGCGAGCCCGUGGUGCUGGUGGCCAACACGUUAACAAAACCGAGUCAGCAAUUCGUCUCACACAUAUACCAACGGGAAUAACUGUAUCUAUGCAAGACGAACGGAGCCAGCAUCAAAAUAAGCGACGUGCCUUCCAAGUGCUCUCCGCUAGGCUGAUGGACCAAAAAAUAACUCGUGAGAUCGCUGAACGUCGGGCUGCUCGGAACAGUCUCGUCAAGAGCGCAGAUCGUAGUGAGAAAAUCAGGACAUACAACUAUGCGCAGGAACGUGUAACAGACCACCGCAUAGGCCUAAGCAUUAUGAAUCUAAGCUCUGUCCUUGAUGGGGACGCCUUAUUAGACAUUACGAACGCGUUGAAACAGGAUCAUGCGCAAAGAGUUAUGGAAGAAAUGUUAGCGGGAGAGGGUGAUGCAACAGAUCUAUAAAUAUAUUAGGCCAUAAGGCUUCACUAGAUAUACAUUCCACCUUCGCC